AUGGAAGCAUCGGCUGCUGUGAUCAAGAAGGAUGAAGGAAAUGCUGCGCUGCGUGCUGGCAACCUGAAUGAGGCGCUGAGAUUAUACAGUGAGGGUCUUGAUCUGGAACCUGACAACACCACAUUGUUGUGCAAUCGCACCCUGGCCUGGCUGCAGGCGCGGCAACCCAUCAAUGCGGAGAGGGAUGCGCGACAAUGCCUGCGGUUGGAUAUCCAGAACCAAAAGGCUCACUAUCGGCUGGCGCUUGCCCUGCUUGGAUUGGGCAAGACCGAAUCUGCCUCGCAAUGUGCGUGUCAAGCGGUGCUCAUGUUUCCGGAGAACGUGGACAUCAGGAAGCUACAGGGUAAGCUUGCAGUUCUACGGUCUCUGGAAGCACGGUUUAACGAAAUUCAUGAGAUCGUGAUGUCAGAGCAGAGUGGCGGCAACUUCAACCGAGCCGGGCAGCUGCUGCAAGAAGUGUUGGCAACGAUUCCAGAUUUUUCGCAUGUGCAUCCUCCGCUUCAGGGGGAAGCCCUCGAAGCGAUGGCUACAAAUUUCAACUUCAUGCAGCAGUUUGACAUAGCUGAAGCGAUGUAUCUUCAAGCAAUUGAAGUAUUCAAAUCAGCAGGGUCGGGCCAGCAAUUCUCUUUGAGCAAGGCCAUGGGGAAUCUCGCUUCUGUAUAUCUUGAAGGGGGAUCAAGGAAAAAUGCGCAGACUUUGCUACAAGAAGUGGUCGAGUUGAGGAAGCAGAUUUAUGGCAGCUUGCACGUUGAGGUUGCCAAGGCACUUAGCAACUUGGGCGAGUACUAUCGACAGAUGGAUGAUUUCUCCAAUGGCUCGCGUUGCCUGCAAGAAGCUCAAGCACUUCAUGCAAAGUUAUCUGGCAAAGCUGACAGCCUGUAUUGCCAAACUACAUAUUGCCUUGCGCGUUUGAAUGCGCGCUUCCAGCACUUCGAUGAAGCUGAGGCAAUGCUUCUGGAAUGUAUUUUGCAUGUGAAGCAGUUGCCCCAUUCGCAACACAAGGUGGCGGCAGAUUGCUUGAUUGUUCUGGCUGAGACGUAUGUGAACUGUGGGACGUUGCCUGAAGCAUGGCGCUGUUGUGCUGAAGCCAUCAGUAUCACAAGACGGCUGCUCCCAAAAGCUCACCCAGAGAUUGCCAGAACACUUCAUUGUGUUGGGCAGUUGUUCAUCACCUGCAAGGAUUACGUCAAAGCAGAGCCUCUCGUUCGUGAGUCACUCGAAAUCAGAAAACAGGUCUUCGGGGAGAUGUCUUACCCCGUGUCGAAGAGCUUAGUCAGUCUGGCAGGCAUCCUGUAUGAGAUGGGUGGCCGCAGACGUUCGAUCACGUUGCUGCAGCAGGCCGUCAAAAUCCAAAGCGAGGUUUCCGGUGAAAGCCAUCCAGAGGUGAUCACUUCCCUCAACAACCUUGCGAACAGCUACUGUGGUAGCCCGGAUACGCUCGAGCAAGGAUUAGCACUCUAUGCUCGGAUCAACAAGCUGAUGUCGGACUCUCCGCCUUGCGCUAAGAUCAUCGCUGAAGUGUAUAGUCUCGAAGGCCAAUCGUUCGCUCGUAUCGGAAUGUUGGACACAGCCCGGCAAUGCUUUGAAGCAGCCCUCAAAGCACGGCGAAGCGAAGCGAAUCCUGCCGGAUUAGCUGAAGCCUUGCAAAAUCUGGGUGUCCUGCUGUCGUCCCCGCCAGUUGCUCUGCCACACACAGAGAGUCUCUGUUUCGCCAACACCGAGGACAAGAUGAUUCAUCUCAAACUUGAGCGAGGUGUGGUCAACCACUACGUUGACAAUGUGUUCCAACAAACCGUGGAAGAGUUCGACAUCGAUGUUGUGCACGGCAUCUACACAGGGCUGGGCGCAGAGGGCAUCAUCCGCGAGGACGAAGAUGUGCAAGACCUUGCUGCCCAAAAGGAAAGUCUGCUCACCUCGGCGUAUUUCUGUCAACAUGACCGCGUGGAGUGCGAUGGAUGUAGAAUGACCCCAAUCAUCGGGAAGCGGUAUAAAUGUCGAGCUUGCCCCGACUUUGACCUUUGCCAGCAGUGCUUUGACCACAAGGAUAAAGUGCACACUGCAUCGCACGAUUUCCGCGUCAUCGCCAACGUGCACGAAGGGGUCUUGAACAUGGAGAUUGCAGAGGUCUGCCUUGCUGAAGCAUAUUCACUGAACAGGUCACAUUAUGGCGACCAGCAUCCGAUUACCGCGAGUACCGUGGUAAGGCUGUCUGCAGUUCGUGGAAUCUUGCGCAAACAUCAAGAUGCUUUUGAGUUACUGUCGCAGGCUACCGAUGUGCGCGAUAGAAUGCUGGAGGCGGUGAUUGAGAACAGCGCAGAAUCAAGGAGAUUUUCAUUCUUUCAGCAUAUCCGCUUGGACAUGGAUGUGGCAAUCUCACUCGCCUUGGCACUGGGAUCAUCCGCUUGUGAAGCUUUUGCUUUCCAGCUGGUUCUGCGGCGCAAAGGGCUUGUUUUUGAGUCCCAAAUGUCAGAAUGGUCUGCCGCAUCUGCAGGUUCUCAGGACCUCUUUCAGGAGCUGACUGCCUUGAGAUCGAGACUAGCUGCAGAGGUGCUUGGCCGUUUUGAUCCCACAGCGGUGGGCUUCUUGAAUGAGAAAAUUGAAAGCCUCGAGUCUCGCUUGGACAUCCGCUGCAGGUCCCAACUCACGUUGGAAACAACUCAAGCUGCUCUCCCACUUGGUUGUGUGUUGCUGGAGUUUGUCAAGUAUGUCCAUACGGAGAUGUCCCAGAAUGAGGGCGGCAGACGCUCUGAGCGAUAUGCGGUCUUUGUGUUGCAGCACGAAGGGCCCUCGAGUGUGGAGCUUCAUGAUAUUGGAGCUGCGGGUGAGAUUGAGGCCGACAUCAAUGCGUUCAGACGGUCCUUCCGGAAAUCGUGUGGUUUGCGGUUGGCGAAGCAGCUUUUGGGUCACGUGAGCCUGAAGCAGUGGCAGCAUGUUUUCAUAGGAAUGGACGGCGAAGUUUCAAGAUUGCCCAUCAAGUGCCUGCCUGACCCAAUGGAGCCAACACAGCGCCUCUUGGACUUGAAAUUUACAUACAGUUUCAUCACGAGUGGCCGUGACUUGUCGCUGAUGCAGAGAGCUGCGCAAUUUGACCCGAUGGAGUCUGUCAUCAUUUGCAAUCCAGAUUUCAACUUCAGGGAACAGGCGCCGGCAGUGACACAGGCUUCACGCGACUGGCGACACGGUCACGACUUCGGACCUUUGGAUGCAACUGCGGCGGAAGGAUUGUGCGUGCAAGAUGUGUUGGCCAGUUCUGGCGCUAUUAAGUUUGAAGGGCAACAGGCCACGGUGUCAGCGUUGAAGGCUGUGCGUUCACCACGCGUCCUGCACAUUGCAACGCAUGGUUUCUUCCUGCCAACACAGAAAGAGCCAAGCGACCGCCUGGAACACAGAUUGGUCAAUCUGGAAAACCCAUUGUUGCGUUCAGGGCUGGCGCUGGCGGGCGCUCGAGCCUGGCAAGAGGCUGAAAGAGAUUCCACCGAAGAGGAGACAUCAGGGAUUUUCACAGCGCAGGAUGCCCGUGGCCUCGACCUGAGAGGAACACGCCUUGUGGUACUGUCUGCGUGUGAAACAGGCCUGGGUGACACACCCAGCGGUCAAGGCGUGCAAGGCUUGGCGUCGGCAUGCUUGGCUGCAGGAGCCCGCUGCGUGAUCAUGAGUCUUUGGAAGGUUCCAGAUACCGACACGCAAGUGCUUAUGAAAGCAUUUUAUGGGGGUCUUCGCUGUGGGAAAUCGAUUGCAUGCGCCCUUCAAGAUGCGCAGAGAGAGCUUCGACAGCCUGCAAAUUAUUCCCGUUGGGGAGCCUUCGUGAUCCUGGGCUGGCCCUUUGAUUCACCAUUUGCUGAUCUGCAGAAAGCCGAAGAUUAG